AUGAUGCCAGAGGAUUGCCUGCUGCUCCGGGAUGGCGCCCAAGUCACUACUUCUGCGAGCGGGAUUGUCCCGGGGGAUCUCUUGCUAAUUAAAGCGGGAAACAAGCUGCCAGCGGACGUACGCUUCGUGGAGAUUUCUUCCGAUGCGAAGUUUGACCGCUCUAUUCUCACUGGGGAGUCUUUACCACUUUCUGGUACGGUAGAUUCGACCGAUGACAAUUACCUUGAGACCAAGUGCAUUGGGAUGCAGGGCACUCAUUGUGUCUCCGGCAGUGGACUGGGUGUCGUUGUAGCUACUGGCGAUAAAACGGUCUUUGGACGCAUUGCGAAGUUAACGAAUGAGCCCAAGACUGGCAUGACGACACUGGAAAAGGAGGUCCUGCACUUCGUCAUCAUCAUCGUCUCUACUAUGCUCUCCAUGAUCGUGCUCGUGAUCAUUCUGUGGGCUUCUUGGCUGCGACGAGACCAUCCAUCUUGGAUCAACGUCCCUACACUGAUCGUUGACUGCGUCAGUGUUGCUAUCGCGUUCAUUCCUGAAGGACUUCCAAUCGCUUUGACCGCGAGUCUGACAAUCACGGCCAACUUGAUGCGCAAGAAUAAGGUUUUGUGCAAGUCUCUUCAAAACGGUGGAGACGUUGGGCGCUGUAACGAAAUGUUUGUUACCGAAUGCUCUAUCGGCACCAAGAAGAUGACCCCACAAUCUGCACGAGACGAGAUCCGCGAUGACCACAAUACUUCCACUAAUGCCGUCGACCAACUGAGAGCCGUCGCUGGACUGUGCAACUCUGGAGAGUUCGACGCCGCUACCGGCACUCUGCCCCUUCAAGAGCGGAAAAUCAAUGGGGACGCCACUGACAAGGCCAUCUUGAGGUUCUCCGAGGGGCUAGGAUCUGUAUCAGAGCUAAAGCGCUUCUGGAAGAAGAACUUCGAGCUGGCGUUCAAUAGCAAAAACAAGUUUAUGAUCAAGACCUUCUCAUUGGCUGAUGCGGAGGGCUUGAAGUAUACACUUCCUCUCAGUGAAGGAUGCCACUACAGCUCGGAGGAUCUACUCCUCACAAUCAAGGGCGCACCUGACGUCUUGAUAGACCGGUGCACGCACUUUACGAGCAAUUCCGGCGAUACAACCGUACUGAACAGUGACAUCCGCAGCACGAUUGAAGAGAUCAAGAACGACUGGUCCGCCCACGGAAAGCGCGUUAUCCUGCUCGCACGAAAAACCCUUCCGGCUCAGUCGCUCGUCGUGUCGAAUGACCUUGAAUCCGAAAUUACAAAAAGUGCCACGACUGGUCUGACCCUCGUCGGGCUGGUCAGCAUUGUGGACCCUCCCCGAGCCGAGAUUCCUGAGGUUGUACGUACAUUGAGAAGAGCGGGGAUUCGGAUUUUCAUGGUCACCGGCGACUUCGCCCUUACAGCUCAAGCAAUCGCCAGAGACUGUGGCAUCAUCAGCAGUGUUCCAAGCCUCGUCAAAGACUUCAAGGCGCUCUCCCGUGAGGAAGACUCUCAGCAUGGCUCGACCAAAAGGGAAUUGAGUCCUGAAAUCAUACAUGAACACGCUUCGAAAACUUCAAUCGUUCUCAGCGGGCCAGAAAUCAUCACCUUGAACGAAAAUCAAUGGGAUCAGCUCUGCCGAUACGAUGAGAUCGUCUUUGCAAGGACAACCCCCGAGCAGAAGCUCCGCAUCGUACGCGAAUUCCAGGCCAGAGAUGAAAUAGUUGGGAUGACCGGGGAUGGCGUGAAUGACGCGUCGUCACUCAAGGCCGCAGAUAUCGGCAUCGCCCUCGGUAGUGGCUCGGACAUUGCCAUCGAAGCCGCGGACAUGGUCUUGCUCGAAUCGUUCUCUGGUAUCGUUGAAGCCGUUCAGUACGGAAGGGUUGUCUUCGAUAAUCUGAAGACAACAAUUGCAUACUUGCUCCCAGCAGGAUCGUUUUCAGAGUUCUGGCCCGUCAUGACGAAUGUUCUGUUCGGGUUACCGCAGGUCUUGUCAUCCUUUCUUAUGAUCAUCAUCUGUUGCUUCACAGAUUGCGCCGCUGCUACCGUCCUGGCCUACGAAACGCCCGAAGCUGACGUUCUACUUCGCAAACCCCGCAACCCCAAAACGGAUCGCUUGGUCGAUUGGCGCUUGAUCUUGCAAUCCUAUGGCUUCAUCGGCGUUCUCGAAUCCUUCUCCUCGUUCGCAAUGUCUUACUGGUACCUCCAGAGAUCCGGCAUCCCGUUCAGCGCACUCUGGUUCAAGUACGGCGCGGUGCCUGACAACGUCACCGAAGACUACUAUAAUGCCAGGCUCGCGGAGGCUUCGUCCGUUUACUUUGUCAAUCUCGUGGUCAUGCAAUGGUUCAGCCUCAUGUCCCUCCGCACCCGCCGCUUGAGCAUUUUCCAACACCCACCUGCCUUCAACAAGCAGACCCAGAACCUGCUGCUGUUCCCAGCCAUCGCCUUUGCACUCUGCACGGCCAUCUUCUGGCUUUACAUCCCACAACUGCAAACCGUGUUAGCCACUUCCGGAGUUCCCGCGGAGCAUUUCUUCCUACCCGUGGCGUUCGGAACGGGGGUCUUGCUGCUCGACGAGGCGAGGAAGUUUGCGUUGAGGAGGUGGCCCGGGGGCAUGGUUGCGACGUUCGCGUGGUAG